GUCGCCAUCAAUUGCGUCUCCACAUCUCAUCGCCAGCUCAGUCGUCUCUGGAAGAGGCUGAUUAUCUCGGGUAAAGCACCGUUCAAGCUUCAAAGAAUGAGUUGAGAAGCUGUUCGCUGAAUCUCGGCACUGUCAAUAGCAGCUUCAAUAAGCACUACUACUAACUCGCUCAACCUGAAUUGCUCUACAAAGUGACCGUUAUAUCGCUUCCACUUAUGGAUUCCUCUUCUAGAUACAGAUUCUUUCGGUUCUCCCUCUACGCUCAUGUCCUAUGCUAUGUGAUCACUCUAUGCCUGAUCCCUCUGGGCCAUGCUGCAUCUGCCUCCUCUGAGGUCACACCAGCCAAGAGGGUCGCCGUGAUCGGAGCUGGAGCCGCAGGAUCCACUACGGCAUAUUCCCUGCGCAAGUAUGCAGACGCCUUGCAAAUCCCCGUCAACAUCACUGUCUUCGAACGCUCUUCCUAUGUUGGUGGUCGCUCAACCACGGUCAAUGUCCUCGACAACCCAGCCAACCCGGUCGAGCUGGGCGCAUCAAUCUUCGUCGAUAUCAAUCAACACCUGGUCAAUGCAUCCAAGGAACUCGGACUGCAUGUCACGAGUGCAAACUAUUUGCGACCCCGCGAGACGGAAGACACCAUUGGCGUCUGGGACGGAGAGCAGUUCGCAUUCGUGAUGAAGGACAGUUCCAGCUGGUGGAACAUCGCCAAACUGAUCUGGAAGUAUGGCCUGGCACCGAUCAGAACCUAUCGCCUAAUGAAGUUCACGGUCAACAAGUUCCUCGACCUCUACGACGAGCCCAUCUUCCCCUUCGAGUCCCUCACCCUAGCCACGGAAGCAGCAGGUCUGCUCAACACCACCGCCGUCUCCGGAGCAUUCUUCCUCCAGAAGAAUUCAAUCUCCUCCGAGUUCUCCCGCGAAGUCAUCCAAGCAAGCACUCGCGUCAACUACGGUCAGAACCUGCCUCUGAUCCACGGUCUCGAGACCAUGGUCUGCAUGGCAACCGACGGUGCCAUGUCCGUCGAAGGAGGAAACUGGCUGAUCUUCGACGGAAUGCUCAAUCUAUCCCACGCCGACGUCCGUCUAAACCACACCGUGACAUCCAUCGACUGGGCCCCCAACGGCCCAUCAACCCUCACCUUCCAGACAAACACAAACAACCCAUCCCCAGAGCAGCUUGACUUCGACGAAGUCGUCAUCGCCGGCCCGUGGCAAUUCGCCGACAUCACCAUCACCCCCCCACCCAAGAAAACCCCCGACGAGAUCCCCUUCGUCAAACUCCACGUAACCCUCUUCUCCUCCCCCCACCGCAUCUCCCCCAAAUACUUCGGCCUGACCGACCCGGACGCCCACACCCCCGAAACCAUCCUCACCACCCUUCCCCCCGGAACCGACCUCGGAAAGAGCGAAGCCGGCGUCGGCCCCGCCGGCUUCUGGAGCAUCAGCACCCUGCGGACAGUCCCUGCCCCGGACCCAGCAGAGGGCAAGCACUACGUCUACAAGAUCUUCUCCCCCGAACGACCAACCGCCAAGUUCAUGAAAUCCAUCCUCGGCCUGGAGACCUCCGCGAGCGACUCCACUACCUCCAUAGGCGACCUCCCCAAGCGAGACGUCAGCUGGUUCCACGAGAAGAUCUGGCGUCCCUACCCUUUCGUCUACCCCCGCGUCACAUUCGAGGACCCCCUUCUCGCCCCCCAUAUCUGGUAUACGGGUGGCAUUGAGAGUUUCAUCUCGACAAUGGAAACGAGCGCCUUGAUGGGGCGAAACGUCGCGGCGUUGAUGUCGCGCGAGUGGCAGGCCCAGAAGGAGAAUGAGAAUGAGGAGAAGGCCAGGGAGGGCUCGUCGUCUUCUGCGGAUGAUGAGAUGAGGGUUGAGUUGUAGGUUUGCAAGUCGUAGGUAAAUCAGUCUGUGGGUGGGUGGAUCAUCCCUUGCUUACUUGCUCUUUAUCUUGAUCUGUCUGUGUAUUCCUCUUUCGUAAUUGUCUUUCAUUCUUUCUCCUUCCUUGUCAUCCAUCCUCCACUGGUGUCGGAGGGAUGCGUUAUCACUAAGUUAUAGGGUUAAAUUGCUCUGGGCGGCUAGGAUAACCAACAUAAGGUGAUUGAGGCAUGGCGGGUAUGGGCUGUACCUAUCUUUAUCUUUCAUAUAUUAAUUAACAGACUGGACUGUGCCA